AUGUCACCGUCAACAACAUCAUCAUCAACGUCGUUGGCAACGAUGUCACCGUCAACAACAUCAUCAUCAACGUCGUUGGCAACGAUGUCACCGUCAACAACAUCAUCAUCAACGUCGUUGGCAACGAUGUCACCGUCAACAACAUCAUCAUCAACGUCGUUGGCAACGAUGUCACCGUCAACAACAUCAUCAUCAACGUCAUCGUCAACGUCACCGCAGUCAAUGUCAUCGUCAACAAUGUCAUCGUCAACAUCAUCAAUGUCGUCGGCAACGAUGUCAUUGUCAACGGUGUCACAGUCAACAUCAUCAUCAACGUCAUCGUCAACGACGUCAUCAACGUUGUCACAGUCAACAUCAUUGGCAACGAUGUCAACGUCAUCAGCAACGAUGUCAUCGUCAACAUCAUCAUCAUCAAUGUCGUCGGCAACGAUAUCGUCAAUGUCAUUGUCAACAAUGUCACCGUCAACGUCAUCGUCAACGUUGUCAACGAUGUCACCGUCAACGUCAUCGUCAACGUCACCACAGUCAACGUCGUCAGCAACGAUGUCAACGUCAACAACAUCAUCAUCAACGUCGUUGUCAACGUCAUUGUCAACGAUGUCACCGUCAACAACAUCAUCAUCAACAUCGUCGGCAACGAUAUCGUCAACGUCAUCGUCAACGUCACCACAGUCAACAUC